AUGUGUAUCGAUAACCGUCUGGUGAACGACUUCAUCGAAUUGUCGAACUAUCCGUUGCCCUUGAUUGACGACGGGUUUGAACACGCUAUGUGGUUCAUGUCACUCGACAUGGCGAGCGACGUUUGGGCCGUUCGCAUGACCGAGAGAGUCAAGCGCAUACCAGCGUUCGUGUGUCCAUUCGAACAUUUCCAAUGGAUCCGAAUAUCAUUUGGGCUCAAGAACGCCCCGCUGAUAUACCGGGAGAUGAUUAACAAUUGUCUAUGGGGAAGUGGAGAAGAUGGUGGAUGCGGAUGUUCUAAACUGGGGCUAGACCUAAGUGAAAGAGGUGAAGCCCAGCGUGAGUAUUCUGGCCGAGAAGUGCCCAUCCUGACGAACGAGAUGACAGCUUUCAAACGGAACAUUCCAUCGCCAUCGCAGAUAGGGCCCGUCCUCGGACUGAGUUCUUAUAUCGACGACAUCGCGCAUGGAGCCCUCACCUGGGAUCAGCUGUGUGAGGGUCUGGAUGCAUUAUUGUAUCGGUUGUGCUAUUGGAAUACUUUUGUCGGUCUCCCCAAGAGCGAAUUCGGUAAGCUGACUAUCCCGUAUCUCCCACAUGGAAUCCAUCCCGGAGUUGCCAUUCCCGACUACGCUCAAAGAGGGAGCCUGAACUGUUAUCACAAGUUCAUUGAAGAUUAUUCAGUGGUAGCAGCGGUCCUCCAUGUAGUGACGGAGGAUCAGAUUAAGGCCGGACGCGAGUUGUCCCGAGACAAAGAGUCGUUCGAGAUCCUCAAGCGGAAGAUCGUGUCUACGCCUCUACUACGGCACCCCGAUAGGAACAAGCCGUUCAUGAUUAUCCUGCAUGCGAAUCGCCAGCAGUACGAUAGGAAAAUCUUAUCUGUGCAUUUUACCGACCGGGUGCUCAACGAGACGGAGACCAGAUACCAUGUCGCUGAAAAGGAAGUGAUCGCCAUCAUGCGAGGCUUGGACGUGUUCGAAAAUCUCCUCCGAGGAUGUCCGAUCAAGGUCUAUACGGGUUAUUCCGUGCUAUCCUGGUUGUUGAAGUCCAAGAUUGCGGACGGUCGAUGUGUCCGGUGGGGAGAUUUGGAAAUCCAGAAGGUUCAAAGCGGUGAAGACGUGCUAGCGGCUAUCAUGGGAGCGGGCAUCACCCCACACGAGCAGCUAGACGAAGUGGCCGAAUCGCUGAUCCCACUCAAGAGAUGCAUAAAACCUCAGCCUGUGAACAGUGUUGAGAUGCUGGACGCAGAUUUUGAGGGCUACGUGCUAAGCUUUGACGGGGCAGCGAAUACGUCUACACACCAGGGUAGCUGUGGGUGUAAAAUCUGGAAGCUCCCCGGUUUCAUUCUUGAAGAUGUUACCGUUAACGACGCGCGUAUCAUGGUCUCCUAA